AUGAUCCCAAUUCGUCACACAGAUUUGGCAGCUACUAUACUGAGGAAACUGAGUCUCCCAAAGUUAGAUCUCUAUGAAUUAGCAGGUGAAGUUGGUCUUGAUCUUAAGCCACUGAGCAGGGCUUCUCCUGACUUGGAUGCUGAUAUUUUCUGUGCCCAUAUUUUUUCUGAGGAAGACGUUAAGUAUGCAAUUCAUAAUUUUUAUGCUUCCGAUCUUGUUGGGUACAAGCUUGUAGGCAUGCUUUAG